GUCGAGUCGGGCCUUGAGCACUCUGCCACCUCGGCAUCCGAUCCUCUGGCCGUCUCGUCUUCUUCAGAAACUCAUGUCAGGCCACCAACCGGCUAUCCUGUCUCGGUUGACGUCCUACCACCGUCCGGCCGUAUCUACCCCUCCGGGCAUGACCGUCCGAUGGGCAGAUUUAGCUCCAACGCCCCUGCCGGCGACUCGUUCGACUGGAACUCUCAUUUGGCCAGUGACCGUGACGACGCCCAACGGGCACAUGCAACUCUGGUCGAUCGGUCCAACCAAGCAUGGCCACGCAGCCUCAGUCUGUCCGGCCGGCAGAAUACCAAAGCAUCUGAUGAAGCCGUCGUUCGACAGUCGGCGGAUCAACAGGCCGGCAGGCAAUGGCAGCCGAGCUCAAUCCCGGCUUCGGGCUCGCGGUACUCGGUACCGGCCGCCCCAGGACUGGUCUCGCAUGACCUGCUCUGUCAUCGGCUGAACGGACUGACGGCCGGGCAGAAGCAACUGUGUCUAUCGCAUCCAGGCCUCGUUUGGGCCAUGGUGGACGGUACACAGCUCGGCCUCCUAGAAUGUGUACACCAGUUCCGAGGCGAGCGCUGGAACUGCUCGGCCGCCAGUGUACUUUACCAGUUCCAGCAGCAACAGCAAGAACACACCCCGCCGGAGCAUCAGUUAACUGGGCAGAUGAGCGAGCUGAGCCAGAAUCAAAUGGGAUCAGAUAAAGAGGUAGUGACAACGACGAAGCAGGCCACGGGUGUCAGUAGAGAUUCGGUGAAUGGCCUUGAGGGUAUCCUUCAAAGAGGUAAAAGAAGGCAUAAUUCUGUGUCUUGCAUCAAUGGUCCUUACAAAUAUCCGACAAAUUAA